UAUAACUACGUUACUCGAGCGUUUUCGGCUUCCAAGUCGUGAUUUAUGAAAUGAGUUGCUCGGGAGAGCUCGGUUUCGACGUAGUGAUUUUUGUAAAUGCGUUUUUCGGGCGAGGUCGGUCGGUCAUCAUGUAACGGUUUUUUAAUUAAACGCCCAAUUUUUAAGCUGUGUAUUUUGCCUAUGAUUAAUUUUUGUGCCGUGCAAAUUCCCUUCGGUUUUGAAAAAUGGAUGAGGAUGAAAAAAAUACCGCACGACCUUCGACAUCAUCAAAUUCAGGACAGAGACGCAAUCGGAAUACCAAUUACUUACAAAAUAAUCCCAUGCAGCCUAGAAUGUCUUUUUCAAGAAGUUCAGGUCAGAGGCGCGAUGACAAUUCCAACGCAAUACAUAAUUUUCCCCGACAAAAUCGUGGACAUUGGCAUGGAAGGGGAACAGGACGUGGUAGAGGUUUCGUUCCCAAUAAUAAUGAUCAAUCGAUCCAACGACGUUCCGACAGAAACAAUGGUGGCAAUCCCAUAAAGAGACAAACAAGAAUGGGAUUCAAAACCUUAGAAGAAUUAGCUAACUCGGAUAGCAGGGACAUUCUGAUGAAAAUUAGUGCAAAGAGAGAAGCUUUUAUGAAUUUUAUAAAUUCACCGAUCGAUCGACCCGAUGUAUUCCCACUUUUGAUGAAAAUUUUGGCCAAAGCUUGCCAAACAUCAUUCGAUAACCUUAGAUUAAAAUUUAUAAUAGAAGUGUGUAAUUCCCAAUUUUUGCUUUACUUACAAAAUUUCUUACUUAAUUUACAAUAUGGAACACAAAAGAGGGCAAAUAACUUAUAUUGGAAGGAUCCAAUUGAUUUUUGGAGUAAUUUUAUACAAUUUUGCGAAUGCGUGACGACAGUAUCGCCGUCGACCGCGCUCCGCAGUUGCAGGGCUCUGAUCGAAGCGACUUCUAGAGUUUGUUUGGAAGGCUUGAGCGACCGCCACGGCUUUCAGCUUCCUGAUGAAUAUACAUUGAAAUUAACCCAGCUACGUACAUCUUUAACAAUUCAAGAGCAAGAAGUUGAGGUGAAACAGAAAAGUAAUUACUAUCAGUUCGAAGUGGACGAUGGAGAUCCACCGGAGAACUUUCGAGAACUGAGCGUGAUACCGAGUCCCGAGGAACUGUUGGAGCAGCGGCCGUUCUUGCGGCCCAACAUUGUCGACGGCGCUUAUCGCGACCAAGAACAUUACCUCGAUGUUCAGUUUAGAUUGCUGCGCGAAGAUUGCUACGGCCCACUUCGCGAAGGAAUAAAUCAACACAUAAAGGAUCCUAUGAAGAAAAAAUAUGAUUACAUCCGAGUACUGCGUAACGUAGAAUUUGUGGAUCCGUUCAUUUCUCAAUUAAAAUCAGGUUAUCUUGUGCAAGUAGGGUCAAAAGACAUAGCAAGAUUCCGAAAAACCAACUGGACACAUAGCAAACGUUUUAUGUUUGGUUCGCUUGUACUGUUCACCAAAGAUAACUGUAAAACCUUUUUAGUUGGCACAAUUCUGGAUCGUGAUGCUAAAUAUUUGUCAAAUGGAAAGAUACCGGUAGCACUGGUGGACAACAAGGCCGAGGUGAGCAUUUGUUUCAGCGGGGAUAAAUACAACAUGAUAGAGAGUGAAGUCUAUUUUGAACCUUAUUACCACGUGCUCACUGCGCUCAAGGAUCCCAAGUUCCCUGAACACUUAGCAUUGAGCAAAUAUAUUGUCGAUGUAGAUCCGAUACCGAAUCUACCUCGUUACCUAAAACCACAACAAGUCUACAAAAUUGAAUGCGAUAAUUAUGUUGAUCACGAGUUCGUAGUGGAGGAUGAAAAGACGUGGCCGAAUUAUGAUCAGUUGGGCCUCAAUGAGACGCAAUAUGAAGCGUUCAAAUUGGCGUUGACUCAUGAAUUCGCAGUCAUCCAAGGCCCUCCCGGUACCGGCAAAACUUUUAUCGGCGUUAAAGUUGCCACAACUUGCAUUAAGAAUUUAAAAUCUGGAAUGAACAAAUGCCUGCUGCUAAUGAUUUGUUACACGAACCAUGCGUUGGAUCAAUUUUUGGAAGCGAUUCUGCCGGUCACCGAAUCCGUAGCGCGCAUUGGAGGACAGUCGCGCAGCGAAAUUAUGAAGAAAUAUAACAUAAACGAGUUAAGGCAUAAUUUUUGUAAGCAAAUUCAUGGAAAUCAAUAUUUCUAUGACGAAAGAAAUAAAUUAAGAAUGUUAAAUAAAAAACUCAAAGAAGCACAGGAGCGUCUUCAUUCUUUGCACAAUGAAGUACUCAGUUACACGUGUGUGCAGAAACACGUCCCUGAAAUUGGGGUUUUAAAACGAUUUUAUGGUGGUGGCAACAAAGAUCCUUUGGAACAGUGGUUAUUUGAGCAUGCAGAUGUUGACGCAGAACUAACUGAGGCAAAUGAGAAUGAAAAUGAAUACUUUGAAAUAAACAACGAACCCAAAAACAAUAGGGAUGAAUUUUGUAUUGAUGAUUUGGAUGAUGAUAACGAAGAAUUCAAUAUUGACAACGAGCCCUUAGCAUACGUGUCCACAAGUUUUUCACUACCAAAUGCUAUAUCGGAAAUGAGAAAUAUGCAACACCAAUGUAUGACAUGUAAAGAUCCGCAAGAAACGCAAGUGCUCAAUACAAAAAUUCGUUCAUAUAACAGCCACAUUCAUCUCUUUAGAGAGAUGUCUGUGUAUCGCCGAAACAAACGUGACAACCUCCUUUUGCCACUUAAUCCUACGAAAAUGUGUACUCAAGAUCGCUGGCUCCUAUACUUUUCUUGGGCUGACACUGUUAUUGCUAAUCUUAUGAAGAGCAUAAUCCCACUGCACGAAGAAUUUGCAAGGGCAAGUGAGAUUUACGAAGAGACAAGGAUGGCAAUAGAUCUUGAGAUAUUAAAAAAUACAACAGUCAUCGGCAUGACUACUACUGGGGCUGCGAGGUUAAGGAAACUGCUGCAGGCUCUGGCACAUCCAAUAAUAAUUGUAGAGGAAGCCGCUGAAGUUCUCGAACAGCACAUAAUAACAUCGCUUACACGACAUUGCGAACAUCUCAUUCUAAUUGGUGACCAUCAACAGCUGCGGCCGUCGGCGGCCCAUAUGAAAUUAGCCAAACAUUACAACAUCGAGGUGUCCCUGUUCGAGCGUAUGAUCAACAACAACAUCCACAGCAGCCGGCUGGGCGUGCAGCACCGCAUGCGCCCCGCCCUCGCCGCCCUCAUCUCCCCCCACAUCUACCCCCACCUGCAAAACCACCCCUCCGUCGAAAACUUCCCCGACGUAAGAGGGAUGACCAACAACCUAUUCUUCCUUAGCCACGACUUUAAAGAAAAGCAAGUCGACGAAAGUUCAAGCAAAUGUAAUGAAAAGGAAGGAGACUUGGCGCUCGGCUUGGCCAACUACCUCGUGCAGCAGGACUACGCCGCGGAGGAUGUUACAAUUCUCACCGGUUACUCCGGACAAAUGUUUUACUUGCGAAAGCAACGUGCAUUUUACGCGCACUUGAAGGAUGUUAAAAUCACUGUUGUUGAUAAUUAUCAAGGCGAGGAGUCUAAAAUAAUUAUCCUGUCCCUCGUGCGAAAUAACAAUGAGAACAAAAUUGGUUUCUUGGGCACAGUGAACCGAAUUUGCGUGGCUUUGUCCAGAGCCCGGGAAGGUUUCUACAUGUUUGGAAAUAUAGACAUAUUGAAAACAAAUUCUGAACUUUGGGAAAAAAUCGCAUCAACGUUGGAAAACAACGGAUCGCUGGGGAGCAGAAUGCGUUUGCGUUGCGAGCGGCAUCCCGAAGAAAUGAUAUGGAUUUCAGAUGCGGCGGACUUCGAGAAGUCUCCCGAAGGAGGAUGUAUGAAUAAAUGCUCUUUCAAUCUCGACUGCGGACACCAGUGUCCGAUGAUAUGCCACGGUUACGAUCGCGGACAUGCCAACACAAAGUGCACAAUGAAAUGUGAAAGAAUUAUAUGUGAGAGUGGGCACGUGUGCCCGCUGGCGUGCGCGGCGCAGUGCGCGCCGUGCGCCGUGCCCGUGCCGCGCCGCCUGCGCUGCGGACACGACAUGGACCUGCCCUGCCAUCUGGACAUCACAGACCCCUCUAUUAAGUGUAAAACCAUCGUCACCGUCACCUUGGACAACUGUAAACAUCAGGCAAAGAAGGUGUGUCACUUGGACACUAAGUAUGUAAUUUGCCCCAUGCCUUGCAUAUACAGGGUUGAGAAAUGUGGCCACCAAUGCGAGCAUACUUGUCACGUUAAUAAUGAUCCUUAUCAUGAACAUUAUGUAUGUCAGAAACCUUGCGCAAAAUCCAAGGAAGGCUGUCUGGCCGGUCUAGUGGGCGACCGCGGAGACCACCAGUGUCGCAGGAAAUGUCACGAAGCUUGUGACCCAUGCGUUGUUGAAGUUAUAAAGAAGCGUGCCAACUGUAAACAUUCUGAACUCAUCGCCUGCAACAAGGCUGUAGAUGAUGAAAUAUGCAAAAAGAAAUGUGCGCGCACACUGCCCUGCGGACACUUCUGCAAGAAGAAGUGCUACGAAACUUGUGGAGACUGCACGCAAAUGGUGACAAAGAUAAUUCCGGAAUGCGGGCACAAAGUGAAGGUGCAGUGCAAGGAGGUGGCGACUCGCGAGCUGUGCGUUGAGAGAUGCGAGCGCACAAUGGAGUGCGGGCACGCGUGCGCGGGCCGCUGCGCCGCGCCCUGUGACGUCACCGCCUGCGCCGUCACCUCACUGCGAGCCCACAUGUCGCCGUGCUCGCAUCUCGUCCGGCUGCCGUGCAACAUCGCACGAUCGCCGGACACACGACUGACGGAGGAGUUACUUUUGCGGUACUGCGCGGAACCGUGCGGGGCGCUGCUCGCGUGUGGGCACCAGUGCGGGGGCACGUGCUCCCAGUGCCGCCAGGGCCGACUUCACGUCGCCUGCACUCAAACCUGCCACCAAACCAACAUCUGCGGCCAUCAAUGCGAGGUGGCGUGCAACCAGGUGUGUCCGCCGUGCGCGCGGCGCUGCGAGGUGCGGUGCGCGCACUCGCAGUGCAGCAAGCUGUGCGGCGAGCCGUGCGCGCCCUGCCAGGAGGCGUGCAGCCGGCGCUGCGAGCACGGCGCGUGCGCGCGGCGCUGCGGCGAGGCGUGCGGGCGGGCCGCGUGCGACGCGCCGUGUGCGCGCGCGCUGCGCUGCGGCCACGCCUGCCGCGGCCUGUGCGGCGAGCCCUGCCCCGACGUCUGCAACAUCUGCCGCCCUGAUGACUUCCCCAGGGGCUUCAUCGGCGAGGAAUAUGAUGAUGAUGCCAAGUUCAUUCAGCUGCAGGACUGUCCGCACGUGAUGGAGGUGCAGGAGAUGGACGGGCUGAUGAUGGCGGACAAGGAGACCAUCGCCAUCCGCACCUGCCCCUUCUGCAGGAAGCCCAUCAUCAACACCAACAGAUACAAGGACCUCGUCAACAGAACCUUCGCCCUUGAAAUCAAUCCGGUCAAGGAGAGGGUGUAUGGAACUACGGCACAGAUCCAAAAUAAACAGAUUGAACUUCAAAAGGCACUGAAUGAAUUUUCAGCCAAAGAUAGAGCAAUUAGCGCAGACAUCCGGAUAUGGAAAAAAUCAUUAUCAAAAUUAUUAGCCAACUGUAAUCGAAAGAAGAAGAGAUCACUUUUAAGUUUAGAGAUGGAUUUCAUUUUUCUUGAAAUAUUGGACAUGAUGUCUGAUGUUUACGAUAAAUCUCUUGCAACCGGAAUUAUCGAAUCAAAUGCAGAGCUGCAGAUAGGAAUCGAAAUAAUAUGUCAGUACUUGAUCACAAAUACACAGAAAAUCAGCCAACAGCAGCAAAUAGAUAUUGGAAAAGAAAUAAAGAGAUUGAAUUACAUCAUUCAAUUCCACAAAAUAACCAAUCAUGCGGAGUACAAGAUUGCGAUCUCUGCUAAUUCUGCACUAGAGCAAUAUACAGCCGCGGCCAGACAGCUUAUAUUCGGCUGGAAGAUUUUUGAUGAAGAUAAAGCGCUUAACUCGUUACAACAACUGCAAGAAAAAGUGAAACUAUCCACAAUAGUGUCCAAAGAGGAGAGAGACUUGAUAGUUAAAGCUAUUGGCCUUAAAGCCGGUCACUGGUACAAGUGUCCGAACGGCCACUUCUAUUGCAUCGGGGAAUGCGGAGGCGCCAUGGAAGUGAGGCGCUGCGAGUGCGGCGCUGCCAUCGGCGGCUCCAGCCACACGCUGCUCGCCUCCAACAGACACGCGCCCGAAAUGGACGGCUCCUCAUUCCCAGCUUGGUCCAAUCAAUACAAUAAUAUAGCUAACUUUUUAAUCGACUAAUUUCCACCAAACUGUGAAAGAUAUCCUAUUAAUAUUAUAAAUGCGUAUGUUUAGAUGUAUGUUUGUUAGAGUUUGUAGCCUAAGCAUCAGAACGGAUCUAGGA